AAAUCUACCGAAGCAAUGUUGAAAAGCUCAUUCUUUUUGCUUCCUCGUUUUCCUUUAGCUUCUACACCCCACAGGUAUGUAUAUAUGUCACCGCUUUAUUGCUUGUUUCCUCGACGGUCUUUCGGAAAUGGCCUCUCUCUCUGCUUCCGUGACGUACUAUUCUCCCCAGACCUCACUUAGUGGCAUUUCACGGGUGCAUGGAAUGGUGAAUGCUCUCGAGUCUUCCUCCUUUUGGACCAACAAGUUAAUGACAUUGGAGCUACAACGAUGGAACAAUUCAUUUUGCCAAAAUGAGCACAACACCUGCACCUCUGUCACCAAAAUUUGUUCCUGCUGAAAAGAGUGGAGUUACUUCAGUAAGCAAAUCAGAUGGUUUUAAGUUCAGUUUGGUAUCAUAUAACAUUUUGGCUCAGGCAUAUGUAAAGGGUGAUCUGUUUUCACACUCCCCAAGGCCUUGUCUCAAGUGGAAAGCUCGUUCACAGGCAAUCCUGACAGUUCUCAAGAGCCUUGGGGCCGAUUUCCUUUGCUUACAGGAAUUGGAUGAAUAUGAUAGCUUCUAUAAAGGAAAUAUAGAGAGUGUUGGCUAUUCAAGUAUCUACGUCAAAAGAAAUGGGCAGAAGCGUGAUGGAUGCGGGAUCUUUUAUAAGCAGGAUAGUGCAGAGUUGCUCACUGAAGAAAAGAUAGAAUACAAUGAUCUUGUACCUUCAAAUCAAGACGAUACUUCAUCUGAGGAUAAAGAGGAGAAUUUGCCUGCUGGUGGAAAUAAAAAGUUAGCGUCAAAAGAUGCCGGUUUGAAAAACAAGCGAGCAGGUCAUGGAGACCUAAAUGAUCCUUGUGUUAGAUUUAAACGUGACUGUGUCGGUAUUAUGGCGGCCUUUAGGCUGAAGGAUCCUUCUCAUUUUAUCAUUGUGGCCAACACUCACAUUUACUGGGAUCCAGAAUUGGCUGAUGUCAAACUUGCACAAGCUAGAUACUUGCUUUCACGCUUAGCUCAAUUCAAGUUACUAGUGUCAGACAAAUUUGAUUGCUCGCCUUCUGUGGUUGUUACUGGUGAUUUCAACUCACUUCCUGGGAGUCAGGUAUAUCAAUACCUUAUGUCAGGUUCAUCAGAAGCGGGAACUCUGCUCGAAAUCUCAGAUGAUGUGCCCAUUCCCUUGUGCAGUGCUUAUGCAAGUACCAGAGGAGAACCACACUUCACAAACUACACUCCUGGAUUUACUGGAACUCUAGAUUACAUACUUUUUUCUCCUGAGAAUAUCAAACCAGUCAGCUACCUCGAACUUCCUGAGCCCGAAGCUUCGGAUGUUCAAGGUGGGCUACCAAAUUACUAUCAUCCUAGUGAUCAUCUCCCAAUUGGUGCUGAAUUUGAAAUAAUUCAGUAGCUAUGUUGUUACCAUUAUCAUGGACUUCUUUUUUUGGUCUUAUCAUUAUUGUCUGGUGGUUAAAGAGUUAUUUGAACCUGCAAUUAUUUUGUAAUUUUUAAGCCGUUUUUGAACGGACAGUAUAACUAUUUUGACUAGUGCUUGGAGAAUGAAUUUUUGGUGAAUUAAGUACAUUUUAUUUAUUUUA